AUGUCCACAGGUAAGGACAGUAGCAAUUCCCAGCAUGACCAAUUAAGGAAACGGCUUGAACAGGAAUUGUCAAUUCUUAAAUCGUCAACAGAUAACACCGAUUUCGACUGGUUUCUUAAUUCCAAUACUGGAUUGAAGAAUGACGCAAUCAAUAUCGAGACUAACCAGAACAAGGCCAAUACAACAUGUGAACCGGCACAAGGUAUCCCCAUUUCACCAUUAAAGUCACCUUCUCUAGCCAGGUCUCCAAAUACAAAGGCAAAACCAUCUAUUUCGAUGACGGACAGAGAUGAAGAUUUAAUGGUGGGUCUGUCAAGAUCACGCACAGCUGAUGCUAAAAUGAUGUCUUCCUCAACCAGUAGGAAAGUAGAUAAUGGUCUUCGUAGAACAGCUACAAAUACCGACACUGCGGAUUUUUCAGGUGCAAAACCAAGAUAUCAUGAACCAAUCAUUACUAACAAACCUCCAAUAUUGCCACCUAAAAAGAAGGGGUUCUUUAAAAAAUUGUUUGGUUCAAAAAACUCUGAUGAUAAAAGUUCCUCUAGUAAGUCAAGGCGUAUUUUAUCUCCUUCUUCGUCGAAAUCUCCUUCUCCUUCUAGAUCACCGUCAUUGUCAUCUCCAUCUCCUUCACCAGCAUCUCCAUCUCCACCUUCACCUUCAUCGCUGAAACCACAGACUUCAAGAUAUGCUUCUUCAAAGCAACAGUUGGCCUCACCAAAUGAUUCAAUCACAAGAGUCACAUCAGUAUCUCCAGUAUCUUCGGUUCCAGGCUCGGUUACCAGCUCCAUAUUCAAAUCAGAGUCUCAUCAAUCGCAGAAUUCUGUGCCAUUGACCAUAUCUGAAAGAUACCAAGAUGUCGAUCCGGAAUUAUCUAGCUAUUUACUUGAGAUGGAGAAGAAUUCCAUGAGUAAUAAAGGUAUGGAUCUAAUUGAUUAUAACAAUAACUUCAUCUAUUCUCCAUCAGGAUUGCAAAGUGUCAAAUAUAAGGAAGACGAGAUUCCAGAACAUCCUGAUAAACCAAAGAGGCCUUCGGCGUUCUCUUCCAAACAGGCCCACUGUGAAUCCCUUGAAAAGGAGCUUUUUUUGAAACAUAAAAGGGAAAGAGAAGAAAAGGAAUCCUCAAUGUUUGGAAGUUUAUUACAUAGAGCAAGAACAAAUACAAAUGAAUUAUCUCGUAUUUCCUCAUGUCUUGAAGAAGGUGAGGACACCCCACCUUUAACUUUCCAGCCUAUAGAAUACGUUCAUCCCCCACCUAAAUUUAACCCAAGACCUCCAUUAAGUACAUUUGACGAAAUCAAGCCAAUGAAGAAAGUUGCAUUUGCCGCAACUACAUUUGUUAUUGACCCUCCACAACAAAUACCUUCUAGGAAUCCGAGAAAGGGGAAUGUUGAAAUCUGUCCUAAUGGUGAAUUGAUUAUUCAUAAGAUUGAUCCUCAAGAAAAGCUCAAUGCUGCAACGGGUAUUGUGGUUGGAGGUUCAGGCCAUUUGAAACUGAUCAAUCAUGAAGAUGAAGAAAACGGAAACAAAGACGAAGACACAGAUGGUGCCAAUAAGAAGGAUUUAGGAGUCGAUGUCCCUCAAGCAGCAACCAUGAGGAAAGCAUCAUCCACGGCUUCUGUAAAUUCGCAAAUAUCAAACCAUACUAUUAAGAAAGAGGAAAGAGCAUUAGCUGCCGAAAAGGCUAGACAGCAUCAUGACUACGAUGACAUUGAUGUCCAGAAGGAACAUUUGACUAUUGAUAAACCAAUGGUUAGAAGGAGAAAGCAAAUGGAGACUCCUGUUGUCACUUUGAAGAUGGAUGAAUUGUAUACAAGAUGCUGUCACUUGCGUGAGAUUUUACCAAUCCCUGCCACUUUAAAGCAAAUACCAAAGGGUACGACAGAUCCAAUUCCUUAUUUACAUUUGAGAAAUCCAAGGCCUUCAAUGAUUGAGAUUCUAUCUUUCACUGAUUUUAUUAGGAUUGCACCUGUGAUAUGUGUUUCAUUGGAUGGUGUCUCACUAACCCACGAAAUGUUUAGAAUCGUUCUAUCUUCAUUGAUGUAUAAGAGAUACCUUGAAAAAUUGUCAUUGAGAAAUACCAAAAUCGAUGAAAAAGGAUGGAAAAUGUUGUGUCUCUUUUUAUCAAUGAACAAAGCGCUCAAAAAACUCGAUUUAACUCAAUGCCCCUUUAUUGAUGUGAAUACACAAAGAAUAAAGAAGAAGCCUAAAGAUGCACCAGAGACCAGAAUGACAUGUAACAUCAAUGAUCGAUCGGAUAGAAACUGGGCGUUGUUCACUGCGGCACUUAUAUUUAGAGGUGGUAUUGAUGACAUUAUAUUGACCGGUUGCAAAGUACCUGAUUUGAAGUUGUUUGCAAACCUACUUACUUUAGGUUUGUCAAAGAGUGAAAAGGUUGGGCUAGCCUACAACAGCUUGGAAUUACAACACUGUAAAAUCAUAGCACGCUGGCUGCAAAUUAAUAAGGUUUUGCUCGGUAUAGACCUUGCCUACAAUGAUCUCUCCUCGUGUUUGAAACCAUUCAUUGAUUUUGCCGAAGAUGAUAAUAUCUCAAAGGAUAAUAUAUUGAUGUUUAGUUUGAACUCGUGCAACUUGAUUGAUUGUGAUGAAACGAACAAGUUUUUAAAUUCACUAUCGAAUCUUCCAAACUUGAAAUAUUUAGACUUGUCAUCCAAUUCAAAGUUCAUGAAAUCGGCCUUAGACAAGUUACUUGUUCUUUUACCUUUACUUCAUCAACUAGUCAGGCUUAACGUUGACAAUAACCAGCUAAGUACGGAAUCGAUGGUGAAACUCAUUGAAUGUGUUUCUCUAAUGCCAAACCUCAGCUAUCUAUCUAUAAUGGGUAAUGAGAUGAAUGAAAUUGUCGCAGCAGCACUGUGUAGGGCCCUCAAGCAUUCCAAGACAUUGUAUUCCAUUAUAUUUGAUAAAUCUCCUAUUCCAAAUAAAUUACAGGAAAAGAUUGGCUUACUAACCAUAAAAAACGUCGAAAGUCAACUGUAUCAUAAGCAAAACGUUGAUACUAAGACUUUUGCUGAUAUAAUUUCAGCAUCUGAUAAAAAGGAAAUAAGGGAUAAGCUUGGAUUGACUGAAGGGAUGAGCUUUAGUGAGUCAUUGUACAAGAUAAUGAACACGAAGAAUAUUGACCAAGAUGCUUUGAAUAAAUUUAUAGAUCUAAUGAUUGAAAUUAGGACACAUAUGAUGCAUGUCAUUCAAGAUUUGAUUCACCUAAAUUCCAAGAAUCAAUUAACAAUGCAAGGUAAAGAAUUGCUCAUUCGACUUUAUACUAUGAAUGCAUCUGUUAAUAAGGCAAUGGAGUUAAUUGAUCAGCAUCGGUAUGCUGAAUUGAAGGAAAAAAGUCAGAAGAAGAUUGACAUGACCUCUUAUGACACACUAAUGAACAGCCAAUUUAUCAAACUUCCUGAAUUGCAAUCUGAUUGCACGGCAAAAGAAGACGACGAAGUCAUUGAGGCUACCCCAAUGCACCACUCAAACUCUUUGAAGGAUACGAUGUUAUCUACUAACGAUCCAUAUGACUUGAUCUCGAUGCUGAGACGUUGUAAAAUGAACGAUAUUUCUCUGAAAGACCUAUUUACAAAGUCCAGCUCUAGUGCGAAGGCAGAAUCAGAGACACCUGCCAUUGAUGAGGGCCGUGAUACGACUAUCAAGAACUACUCUGAAGAUAUGAACUUGGAGUCUACAUCACCAGAUGAUAGCCAGACAAAGAACGAAGAAGAGGCCCAGAUGACGCCAGUAUAUGACAAAAUUUUGCAUGAACUAUUGAAGAAUGACAUUUGA